GAUAUUUGGCGCGCGGCGGCGUAUGGGAACGUCGACGCGAUGAAACGGAUGAUCGAUGCGGACGAAGGGUGCGUGAACGCGCCGGAUGGGUCGGGAUUCCGCGCGCUGCAGUGGGCGGCGCUGAAUAAUAGAGUCGCGGCGGCGACGUUGUUGCUCGAACGCGGGAGUUCGAUAAACGCGGGGGAUAACGAUGGACAGACGGCGCUGCAUUGGGCGUGCGUGCGAGGGUCGCUGCCGUGCGCGGAGUUGCUGCUGCGGAAAGGAGCGGAGUUGAACGCGGCGGAUUCGCGGGGAUACGUGCCGCUGCACGUCGCGGCGCAGUACGGUCACACCGGGAUGAUUUAUCACUUUAAAAUGCGAUGGAACAUCGAUGUUGACGUCACCGAUCACGACGGUCGAACGGCGCUGCACUGGGCGGCGUACAAAGGGUUUCCCGAUCCCGUCAAGUUGUUGGUGUGCAUGGACGCGGACGUGUACCGGGCGGAUAAGGAAGGCUGCACCGCGCUGCACUGGGCCGCCAUCAAGGGCAAGAGCGAAGCCGCGCAUUUAAUAGUCCGCGCCGGCGGUUUGAACGCCAUGACGGCGGUCGACGUCGACGGAAACACGGCGGAGGCGCUCGCGCUCGAGAAAGGCCAUCACCUCCUGGCGAAUUUCCUCGCCAAGGAGCAGCGCGCGCUUUUGAGGCGCGAUAAUUUUUGGACGCAAAAAGGCUUGGCUGUCGCGUGCCUCGGCCUCAUCGUCGGAUUGAUGCUGAUGUUCUCGCAUUACGUCAUCUUCGCCGAAGGCGUCGCCACGAUGGACGUGACGUUGUCGUUUUGGUCGCUCGUCAGCCUCGCCUCGGCGAGCUGCGGAUUGUACUACAUGAAGCGCGUCUCGCAAGCCGACCCGGGGGUCGUCACCGCCUCUAUUUUAUCCUCCAUUCGCCGAGGCGCGCGACCGAGCUCGGCGGCGCAUGACGUGGACGAGCGAUUAAAUCACGCCGAGCUUUGGGCCGGAAACUGGAACCAGCUCUGCGUGACGUGCAAAUUCGUCAAGCCGUUCGGCACGAAGCACUGCGCGGUGCGCGACAAGUGCGUGGCGCGUUUCGAUCACUACUGUCCGUGGAUGGGGAACACGAUCGGGAAGAGAAAUCACAGAGACUUCGUCAUCUUUCUCAUUCUCGAGUCUCUCGCCAUGGCGAUCGCCUUUUGCGUCGCCAUCGCGCGUUUCAACGAAGAGUCUCCGACGGAGCGCUUUCGCUCCACCGGGGGCAUCGCCUGCUUCGCCGUCUUCGACGCCCUCACUCUCCUCCCCGUCGCCUUGCUCACCGUCGCCCAGCUCAGUCAAGCCGCCCGGAACAUCACCACCAACGAGCUCUCCAACGUCCAUCGCUACGCCUACCUCAAAUCCGCCGAGGGCAGGUUCGCCAAUCCGUUCGACCGCGGCUCGUUCGCGCGCAACCUUCGCGCGUUUUUCCUCGUCGGCAAGAAGGAGCCUCUG